AUGAAUCCAAUCAAUUUCCAAAAAUUUAAUCCAAUAAAAAAUUGGUGUCGUACUCUUGUGGCUAAAAGUCUUAAUAAAGUAACGGGAGAACCUAAUACGGCACGUUAUUUCAGAAUGAUUAUUACUGGUCAAUCAUGUGUUAAAAUAACAAACCGUGAGUUUAAAACCAAACUUCAAGUUUAUGAAUUUCUAGAUGACUUGCUUAAAACUUUAACCAUCAAAUCAAAUGAUUAUGUAUUGAAUAAUAUUCAAUCGUCUAUUCUGAUCCUGGGAAUCAAUGAUGGAAAACCUCAGGUUUCAAAAGAGUUUACCCAAAAUGCAUCAAUUAAUGAUGAUGCUUCAGAUCUUAUUACUUUACUUAAAUUGAAUCCUCAAUUAAUUCUUAUAAAUAAAUUCAGCGACAAAUACAAAUGA